AUGCGUCCCUCAAUCGCUGCUCUCGCGGCUUGUGUGGCUGCAGUGCACGCCUUCAAGGAUACCAGUCCUUUCAUCUUCUUCUCUUCUUCUCCAUUACCCCCAUCCCUCCAGAAUGUAUCGAUGAACCAAGUCCAGAGCGCCGCCGCGGUGUUGAAAACGACCAAGGAAUUCCUAAGCUCGUGUCCUUCCGACGUCUACUACAUCAUCCACCAGCCCUCUCUUCACUCGACGGACCUGUUCCCGGCCUCGGUACCCAAUCUGCAGGCUGCGCUCGCGGCCCCGACGGUCCAGACGCGGUAUCUGGUCUCGGAAGCGGGAGCGUUGGAUGCUGGUGUCAAGCAUGAUCUGGUGGCGUAUUUGAAGGAGAAGUGUGGAGAGACGACGUUCUUGGAUGGCGAUGCGGAGGUUCAGACUGCGGAGGAGCUGGGGAGUCAGAUUAGGAGAUAUAGCAAGAAGGGGAAGGUGGUAGUGCUUAAUACUAUGGAGGAGCUUGUGGGGGAUAGGAUGAGUGGUCAAAGGACGACCAUGUUGGAUAAGAUUGACCAGUCAAUGAAGUAUGGCAUUUCCCUGAUCACGGGCUCGAAAAAGAGUGAGAUCGAAGGUCUGGGCCUCUCCUACACGGUUAUCUACACCACCACUCCACCUUCCGGAACGAUAGAGGAGCAAACCUACGAGCCCCAAUUCCAAAACCCAGCACAUGUGGAUCUGAAGAGGGAUCGCAGAGCCGAGCCCAGCGUUAUCCCUUGGCCCGGAGUCGACAACGACACCCGUCCCCUCUUUGAGAAGUACCAGUUUCUGACCCCUGGUAUCUUCAUGGGCCUCCUCACAGGAUUGAUCCUGAUUUCUAUUUUGAGUGUGGGUAUGAAAGCCAUCUCGAGCCUGCAGGUUAGCUACGGAGCUUUUGAUAAGGAGAUGGGUCCCGCGGCGCAGAAGAAGCAGCAAUAG